GUAGAAGUUGGCAGGCUGUGUGGGUCUUUCAGGAGGCAGAGAUGACUGCUGUUGAACGAGCUUUGAAAACCCAUUUUGGGUUUGAAAAGUUCCGGUCACAGCAGCAAGAGCAUGUGGUUAAAGCGGUGAUAAAAGGUGACAGAGAUGUGUUUGUGUGUAUGCCAACCGGCGCAGGGAAAUCUCUGUGCUACCAACUUCCUGCAGUGCUGGCCACUGGCAUCACACUGGUCAUAUCUCCUCUGAUUGCACUUAUACAGGAUCAGAUAGAGCACCUUAAAGCACUAAAUAUACCAGCAUGUUCCAUCAACUCAAAGCUUGCAUCAGGAGAGAGAAAGCAGAUCCUAGCUGAUUUGCAUAGUGAAAAGCCUCGGCUCAAGUUGCUGUACAUUACUCCUGAGAUGGUGGCUUCUCCGUCCUUUCAGCCGUGUCUGAGCUCGCUGUGCACCCGCGGGUUGCUCGCCUUCCUGGCAGUUGACGAAGCCCACUGUGUCUCUCAGUGGGGUCAUGAUUUUAGACCUGACUACCUUAAGCUGGGGGACCUGCGCGCUCGUCUUCCUGGAGUCCCCUGUGUGGCCCUGACUGCCACAGCACCCAAGCGGGUGCAGGAGGACAUUGCACGCUCACUGAAGCUGAAAUCACCGCUCACUUACACCACUCCGGUAUUUCGGAAAAACCUAAAAUACGAUGUUAUAUUUCGAGAUUUGCUGCCUGACCCGUAUGUCCAUCUACAUGCAUUCGCCAAGGAGGCACUCGGGGGAUGCUCAGCUGAGAAGGGUUGUGGGAUUGUAUACUGUCGCACAAGAGAGAGUUGUGAGGAUGUCGCACACAGAUUGACCAAACUUGGGAUCGUGGCCAGGCCGUACCAUGCAGGUCUGAAAGCAGGAGAUCGCACUGAUUCGCAAGCUGAUUGGAUGGAAGGGAGGGUGCCUGUCAUCGUGGCCACUAUCAGCUUCGGGAUGGGCGUUGAUAAAGCCAAUGUGAGGUUUGUAGCUCACUGGAACGUGGCGAAAUCCUUGGCCAGUUAUUAUCAGGAAUCGGGACGUGCUGGCCGCGACGGCCUUCCAUCUUCCUGCCGCAUAUACUACUCUCCCAAAGACAGAGAUCAGCUCCGCUUUCUCAUCUGUAAAGAGAUCACCCACAAACAGGAGAAACGAGGUUCAGAGAAAGAACAGGACAAAGCACCUCUGCAGGACUUUGAAGCCAUGGCUGCUUUCUGUGAGCAAGAGGGAUGUAGACAUGCCACUAUAUCCAAGUUCUUCGGAGACCAGACACCCAACUGUGCCGGCGCCUGUGACUACUGUCAGAACCCCAAACUUGUUCGUGCUCAACUGGAAAGAGCUGCGACCCUCAGCACUAGGACCGGGCCAGCACAGAGCUCUGAGCACAGGGGACCUUUCGGUUUUGACCGCGAGCUUUACGGAGGGGGAAAGAAAGGCUACGGCUUUGAGAGGUAUGAUGAGGACUGGGAGGGCAGCGGUGAGGAAGACUCUGAAAAACGGAAAAAAGAGUUCGGGGAUUUAUUCAGGAAACAGAUGAGUCUACGCAAGGGAUCAAGUGGCCCAAAAGAGACGUUUGCUCCACCAGAUGCCGAAUGUCCAUUAAAGGAGGCGAGCAGUCAGAGAAUCCCGAGGCUCACAGUGAAGGCUCGGGAACACUGUCUGUCUCUUCUCCAGGCAUCUCUGACUAACUGCAGAGGGACGACAGAUCAGCCAUACAGCUCUGACCCACUUUCUGCAGCAGUUGAAAUAGAGCACGAAGUAUUCAGAUCUUCCAAGUCUGCCAACCUGUACAAGGCUGCCGUUCUGAAGAGAGUAGCAGACCUUAAGAAAGAUGCUGCUGAUGCUGUAGCGCCACCUGUUGAGGAUGAUGAUGGAGAAGCGUGUAGCUCUGGUGUUCAUGAAGAGAAAAGGAAGAUGGUGAAAGAAGAAGCAGCCUGCUCCUCUUUUUCCUCAGCUUUUCCUGAAGAUCAGCUGGGAUUUACAUCAGCAUCUGAGAUCUAUUCACUGAAGCGAAAGCGUGUGGGUGCUGGAUUCCGUGGCUCCUCCACCCUCUUCCAGACCGCAUCAGACUUUCUGAAAACUUCCAAAAAUGAGACACCAACACCAGCAGCCCUGAGUCAAGAACCUGCUGCUAAUGACGAGGAGCAGGAAGCAAAGCCUGAGCCAAAGAGAAGUAAAACAUUUCCAUCUGACUCUCCAUCGUCUUCCAGCCCCAGCAAGAGUUUGGGCAAAGUCCUGAGCAAGAAACAGCAGAAGUUAGCAGAUGCAGCCAAAAAUUCACAUCGUAUCUCGCAGUACUUUGGGAAAAAGAUGACUGACGAAACACCAAAGAAUGGAGAUGUCAUAGUCUUAGAACCUGAGGUAACAUACCUCUUUGUGGAAACUCCACACAACCACAAUGUUACCUUGAAUACCAAUAACACUGAGACUCAAAAUGGAUGUUCGAUGAAUAUGGAAAGCAUUGAGAAGGAUUUAAGGCCUGAUGUGACCCAGACAGUGGAUGUUCUCCCCAUGGAUAUGAGCACUCCUGACACGGAGAUGAACACGGCUGAUGAGGUUCCACCGGGUCUUGAGGAGAGAACAAUGUUAGAGGCUAAAGGGAAAAGGUCACAGUCUGAUGCCAAAAUACAACUGGAAGAGCCAUGUAAGGACGAAGAGUCACACAUUCAACCCCCCGCCAAAUGCAGUCGUCUACCUGACAACAAGCGCAGGGUGACCUUUGACCCUGUAGUGCAAGAGAGAAAGAUGGAGGCAGACAGCGAUGUCAACCGCGUGUCACUUCAGCCUGUGACUCUGAAAGAAGCAGCUGAUAUUGUUGUGAAAAUCCUGGAUCCUUUCUACAAGAAGGGCAAAUUCGCCACAAAGGACCUGUUCAAGUCAUUUGCACGCUUCCUCUCUCAUCUGCUCGUAGAAGGAAAAGCUAAGGAUCGAGUCAAAGUGAAAAUAGAGGCCAAGGGCAUAAUCAAGCGUCUCUUCAGCAGCAUCCAGCGCUGCGAAAACGAGUCAGACUGGAAACACCUGCAAGACGCAGCAAACAAAAGUGCGGGACAGGAGGACAGAUAGAGCUUCCCACCUUACCCUUUUUCCCUGUGCCUCAGCUACCUUUGGGCAAAGCUACCCCUCUCUCAGGGUCUGGACGUGCAUAUCAGAGACUGCUGCUUAUAUCACUGACCUGCUUUCGCUCCUACUAGUGCACUUUAACGCCAAGUGCUGAGAUUUGUUUUGUGUUUGUUUUUUUUCUUUACUGGGCCAACAGGACACCAGUUUAUUACUGUGAUGUAGCAUUAGCAUCCUAGCUGCUAUUUUAGAUGCUGGAAAAUAUUGUCCAUAAUUAAUGGACAAUAUACAGAUAAUUUACAGAGGGUAAAAUACUAACAACAGCUAUGAAUAAAAACACUUCUGUUUUAGGAAUUCCUCAAUUAUUUAUUUGCUCUUCUUUGCUUUAGGUAAAAAUGGAUGUUUUUUUUUUCAUCAUAAAUGAUACUGACCAGAAACCUGUUUGACCUCCAUGCCAAAUGAAAAUAAAUAUGUAUUCUUACUAAACUGUGUAAACUACUUUGGAAAUGAAGCUAUUAAAAAGGCAUGGAUUUGC